GUGAAAAGGCAUUACAAUGUCGGACGUUCGAUACUGAAGAGCACGAUGGGGUUUUCGUCAACCCGCGUAGGAAACAGCAGGACCGCGAUACCGGUCAAGUCCCGAUCAUCACCGGCCUUCUGAACCGAUGGGCUUCUGAAGGGGUCUUCGUUGGCGUUUCGUUUGCGUUGUUUCGUUUCAGGUUCUUCGGGUCAUCAUCCAUCACUUCGUAGGGCUUAGAGGCGUCCGAGGAUGUCGACAGUCGGCCACUCGGUGGCCCAAUGCAUGGAGCUGCUUUUCAAUUCGCCGAAAUGGAACAUGUGCUGAACAUUGACUGUUCUUUUCUGGCUUCCAGCUGUAAGUUUUGUCUCACUUCACGCUUGUUGAUCCAGCUGCAGAGCAUGCCAUCCAGACCGCUACGAGGUGUGGUGCUCCUGCUGGCAGCAGUGCUGCUGACCGUCGACUGGAGCUUCGCAGUGCCCAAAGCUACACGAACCAAACUCACCUCGCAGGUUGGCGUAGAGCUGGGACAACAGGUGUCUCUCUCGCCCGGGAACUUUGCGGGGCGCAGCUUCGGAGCCAAGGCCCAGGACAAAGUGCCGGACGAGGCCUCCGCACGCUCCACCGAUGCCGUCUCUUUGGCACUGGCGGCGGCUGGUUGCGCAGUGGCCAUGCGCGCCGCCUCGGCAGCCUCGGAGGAAUCUGAGGCUCCAGCAGAGGAGAAGAGCUUCAUGGACAAGUAUGGCGUAGCGAUCUACAUCGGCCUCUGGUACCUCUUCAACAUCGGAUACAACAUCUACAACAAGAAGGCCCUGAUCUCGUAUCCUUUCCCUUGGGCAUGCGCGAUGUGGCAGAUGACCUUCGGCUGGCUGAUCUUCUGCCCUCUGUGGAUUUUGCGAGUCCGCAAGACCCCGAAGCUCACGGUGUCCCAAGCCGUGACCUUGGCGCCGGCGGCGCUCGGCCACCUUGCUACCCACGUUGGCGCGGUGGUCGCCUUCUUCGCCGGCGCCGUGUCCUUCGGACACAUUGUGAAGGCCAGUGAGCCCGUGGUGAGCUCCUUCCUGAACUUCGCCUUCCUUGGGGAGGUGAUGCCUUGGCAAGUCUAUGCCUCUCUGCUGCCGAUCAUUGGCGGUGUGGGCAUUGCGAGCGCCUCUGAGCUCUCCUUCAACUGGCUCUGCUUUGGAGCUGCCAUGGGCUCCAACUUGGGCUCCGCCUCACGAGCUGUCUACAGCAAGAAGGUGAUGAAGGGAGACAUUGGUGAGAACAUGGAUUCGAGCAACACCUUCUCCGUCCUGACAAUCAUGGCCACCUUCAUGCUGAUCCCCAUCAGCUUGGCCAUUGAGGGCCCCACCGCAAUGGUCAAGGGCUUCAAGGUGGCCUUGUCCGCCGGCGGCAGCCACUUCAUGUGGCAGAUGAUCCUCAGCGGCUUCUACUAUUACAUGUACAACGAGGUGGCCUUCCAAGCACUUGGCAAGCUGGAUCCUGUGUCCCACGCGGUGUGCAACACUAUGAAGCGCGUGGUCAUCAUCAUCACCGCCAUCUUCGUGUUCCGCAAUCCAGUGACCCCCCUGGGCAUUUUGGGCAGCUGCGUCGCCAUCGCAGGCACGCUCAUCUAUUCCCUCGCCAAGAACAAGUACAGCAAGAAGUGAGUGUUCUUCUGAGUUUCUCCGAAAUGCAUGCAUAUUUUUUUUCAUUAAGAUGCUGCAUGCAAAGCGUACAGCAUCAAGUUCUUGAUAUCGUUUCCAUUUCU